AUGGCGGAGCCUCAGUCGUCGCUAGAGAAGCAAUUCGACUCGUUUAGGGUUCAGCUGGAACAAUCUGGAACGCUCCGCGACCGAAUUCGAAGCGUCGUUUCGGAGAUUGAGUCUUCCACUAGGCUCAUCUAUGCCACUCUUCUUCUCGUUCAUCAGUCUCGCCCCCACACCCGGUAUCAUGGUGAUUGGAAGAGUGAAACACAGACUGUAGUUUCGAUGCUUACGUUCAUGUACUGGCUAGAAACAGGAAGCCUUCUCGAGCACAAAGAGGCUGAGGAAAAACUUAUGUUGGGUUCAGACUUUGGUCUAGACGUUGAAGACUAG